UAAUUUUUUCGAUGUCUAUAUUACUCACGUUGCAGGACAUAAAUUCCGUUCAAGUGAGCCGACCUUCUUGUUUUUAAAUCAUCCGCGUUGCUUUCCCUCUCCUCUCAAUCCCUUUUCUCCAACAAACGACAUGGGCAAAAAGAAACCCAAGGAACUAGACGCAGCCUGCGUUUCGCAAAACGACACCGUUCCUGCUUCCUCUGACAUUUUCAAGAGCCUUUUCGGCGAUGUUGAGCAAAACGAAGCCGCUUCCUCCAUCUUCUCCGAUAGGAAUCCGUUCAAGAGAAAACCCCAAGAGUCGAGCUCUGGAUUAGGUAAUGUCAAAUUCAAUGAAAGCCCUAAACUUAGUGAUACUAAAGAUUCCAAUCUUGAUUUGGUGAAGAGAAGGCGAAACGAAGAGAAAAAGCACAAUCUUGAUGAAGUUUCAAUUGAAGGAGAAGCCAUAGGGACUCCUUUGGUUGCCAGGAAAAUGAAGAAACUAAAAAUCCAAAACUCUGGUUUCAUUUCUGAGGUGUCAGAAGGAAACCCCAAUAUGGGUUCUGGUUCUCGUCCAGAAAACGGGAACAAAAACUCUAGCUUGGUGGUUGAGCCAAAAGCAGAGAUAACCCAUAAUGAGAAGAGCAACAAGCGAAAGAAGAGAAAGAGAGAUGAGUUGGAGAGAGAGUACGAGACCCAAAAGUAUGGCCCGAAGCCCGAAGAUGAUGCAAAUGUAGUUAUUGUUGGAGAGAAGAGGAAAAAGGUGGAUAAUGAAGCGGAUUUGUUAGUUUCAAAGGAUGGAGAGGAAUUUGAUGAUGAGAGUAAGCUCUUGAGGACGGUGUUUGUGGGUAACUUGCCUCUGAAGACGAAGAAGAAGGCGCUAAUGAAGGAGUUUGGCCAGUAUGGGGACAUUGAGUCUGUGAGGAUCCGGUCUGUACCCAUUGUAGAUACCAAGAUACCGAAAAAGGGGGCCAUUAUACUGAACAAAAUCAAUGAUUCUGCUGACAGUGUCCAUGCUUACGUUGUUUUCAAAGCACAGGAAUCUGCAGAGGCUUCUCUGGCCCAUAAUAUGGCUUUGGUUGGAGGACAUCACAUUCGUGUUGACAGGGCAUGCCCACCUCGUAAGAAAUUAAAGGGUGAGGAUGCUCUGCUUUAUGAUAACAAAAGGACCCUUUUUGUGGGUAACCUCCCAUUUGAUGUGAAGGAUGAAGAAAUUUAUCGGCUUUUUUCUGAUAUCAAAGAUCUUGAGUCUAGUAUUGAAGCUGUUCGGGUUGUUAGGCAUCCUCAUAUUGGUCUGGGGAAAGGUAUCGCAUAUGUAUUGUUUAAAACAAGGGAAGCAGCAAAUUUGGCAUUGAAGAAAAGAAACUUGAAGAUUCGAAAUCGAGAGUUGAGGCUCUCUCAUGCCAGACAAGAUAGUACACCAUCUAAGAGAAAGAAGUCUUUCACUGCUGACUUACCAACCAAGAGAUUGGCAGUCGAUUUGAGGACUCCUGACAGAAACAGUGGAUCAAAUACAAAGGAUUCUUCCAUUUCCUACCAGGGUUUUCGUGCUAGCAAAUCUGGCGUUCAAAAGAAAUUGAACAAUCCAAAACGCAAUCGAGCCCUAAGGAUGAAAUCCAAGAAUCAGCAAGGAGAGAAGAGCAAGGAAAAAAGACCAGCUGUUGCAGCAAGAAAGGCAAAAGCAAAAGCACGUCAAGAUAGUGGCACUGCAAAACAAGCAGGUCAAAAGCGCAAGCUGGAUAGCCGGACUCCACAAAGUUUCAACGCGAAGAAGAAAGCCAGAAAAUUUAGGUAGUAACACAAGAAAUGCUUCGUAGUCAUGCGUUACUCAUCUUCUUUACAUUUAUGUUGGUUUGCUUAUUUAGUGUAUUUCGUGUGAAAGUGAAAUCAUAUGAUAUAUUUAUGUUUUUAAAAUAUUAUUAUUUUAAAUGUUCUUUGAAGUAAGUUGAAAGGAAUAUUUUCUUAUUUUUUUA